GCAGACUCACCCUCACCGUCAGCACCAGAUAGAUUCAAGAUUCUCAACUACUACCCAACAAAAGCGAUCGAAGAAGGGAACUAAAAACCAAACCAGUGUAUCACUCUCACCCCAGAAAUUCAUUGUUGUGUGGCACAACAAACUUCACCAAUGAUGAAUGCCCUCACAAGCUCUUGUUCUAAGGCCAUGGUCGAGACCCUAGGUCCCUUCUCUCCCAGAGUUCCCCUUUGUGUUUCUGAUAGACCCGAAUUCUGCUUCACCCUUCGUUCCAAAAAUGAGAAAAAGGGAUGGAAUUUAUUGCUCCUGAAACUGGUUCGAAACAAUGAUCUUUACCCUGUUCAUGCAGUGCCACCAGAGGACCAGGUGGACUUGGAAACUGUGGAGCCUCAGGCUCAACAAAGUGAACAAACAAAUGAAUCAAAGUUUGUACGUGUAUCGUUCCAGUUAGAAAAGACUUGUAAUUUUGGUGAACAAUUUCUUAUAGUUGGAGGUGAUCCUGUGCUUGGUUCAUGGGACCCUUUAGAGGCAUUACCCAUGACAUGGUCUGAAGGACAUGUAUGGGCUGUGGAGCUGGAUAUGCCUGCUGGACAAACAUUCCAGUAUAAGUUCAUACUGAAAGGAGAAGGGGGGGAUAUUAUUUGGCAGCCAGGGUCAGAUCGAUUGAUCCACACUUGGGAAACUAUGAAUAGAAUAGUUGUUCUCGAAGAUUGGGAGAAUGUAGAACUUCAGGAAAUUACAGAGGAAGAUCAACUUGCCGAGCCAAAUGAGGAACCCCAGGUUGGCUUUGAAGUGCCAACUUUAGCUGAAUUUCUUAAUAAUCCUCAAGAAGAACUGGAUUCCAAAGCAUUGGAAAUAUCAUCUGUAGGAGAUACCCAAAUUCAUGCUGUGGAGGAACCACUUGCUGAAACAGUCCGGCAACAAAUCACUGGUAAUAGUAUUUCUUCCUCAAUGGAAAAGCCAAUGUCUAUUGUUGUAGAAAACAUCAGUUCUUCGGAGGAUCUCAUCAGCAGUAUAAGCCACAAAAGUAAUAAAAAGAGUAUACUUCAACCAAGUGAAGAAUCUGCAGAUAGUCCAGGAAAUGAUGAUAUAAUACAUGAUCUUGGUCAAAAUGGAAAUGCUGCAUCACUGGAGAAUCAGGAAAAGACAAUUGUGGAAAGCAGCUUAUUUGAUCUUGAAGAAGGUCCUGUUCUUGUACCUGGCUUAACAAUACCACCAACUGAGCCAACUGAUGAACCAGACCAAGGUGAAGUUCAAGAAACGACUAAAAAGGACACUUCAGUUGAAGCUUUUGAAACUCAGGAUCAGAACAUAGCUGAGUUCAGCAAGGAGGAAGAAACUGAUGAUGCCAUACCCCAAGAGAUAAAUGCAACCAUCAAUAAUGGACCAGAGCUGCUUUACAAUAAACAACAUGAAGAGUCUCAUUUGUCCCCAGAAAUGGAAGACUGGCCAAACUACGAGCCAGAUGAUGACAAUACCGUGCAAAAUGACAUCAAAUGGGGCCAAGACACGGUAAACAAGUUUCUAACAAAACUUGGAUUCUUUUGAUGGCAAACUUCAAAGAACCAAGGGAAGAAAACUUCAUUGAAACUGGUCAUGAGUUUUGUGAUCAUUCUGAUCCAUUUGCCAAAAUUUUGAUUUUCCUGGUAAAUAUGGCAUGUUAUGUGAUGAUGGUUGUUGAGUGUAUGCUAUGCUGCCAUGUACUUACAUUGGAAUAAUUCUUUCAGUUUUGGCCACUUCUGUAAUCUGUAUAGUACUAGGAGUUUCAUGGGCGAUAGAUAGCGCAUCUGCUGUAUAUCAUAUCAUAGUGAUAGUGAUUUGUAACAUGUAUCUGUUGUAAUAAGUUCUAUGAAAUGCUUCUAAUUUCUAUCUUUUUCCUA